CGCCGGGCGUGUGCGGACACGUGCGCGCUGCAGCCGCCAUCGCCUAGCGGGGGGCGGCCCGGCUCCGGCUCCGGGCCCGGUUCCGACCCGUCCAACGGGACCGGGGUGAGCCGGCCCCGGAGCGGGUCCCGCAGCCGCCGCCAGCCUCCUCCGGCCGCGGGGGGCGCCGCUCUCGCCGGCGGAACAGAGGCGAGGGGGCCGGGCAGGCCAGAAGGGGUUUGCGGUCCCCGAUUCCCAGCCAGUGGGUCCCUCCUGCCACCCCUCCGCCCUCCACCACCGACUCCGCCUGCACCUGGUGCCACCGCCCGCCGGUUAAAUGGCUGAUAAGCAGAUCAGUCUCCCCGCCAAGCUCAUCAAUGGGGGCAUCGCCGGGCUGAUCGGGGUCACCUGCGUGUUCCCCAUCGACCUGGCCAAGACGCGGCUGCAGAACCAGCAGAACGGCCAGCGCAUGUACACCAGCAUGUCCGACUGCCUCAUCAAGACCAUCCGCUCGGAGGGCUACUUCGGCAUGUACCGCGGAGCCGCCGUGAACUUGACCCUUGUCACCCCCGAGAAGGCGAUUAAGCUGGCAGCCAACGACUUCUUCCGACAUCACCUCUCCAAGGACGGGCAGAAGCUGACACUGCUGCGGGAGAUGCUGGCCGGCUGUGGGGCCGGCACCUGCCAGGUCAUCGUGACCACCCCCAUGGAGAUGCUCAAGAUCCAGCUCCAGGACGCCGGCCGCAUCGCCGCCCAGAAGAAGAUCCUGGCCGCCCAGGCCCAGCUUUCCACACCGGGGGGCGCCCAGCCCUCCGUGGAGGCCCCCGCCGCCCCCCGGCCCACGGCCACCCAGCUCACCCGGGACCUGCUCAGGAGCCACGGCAUCGCCGGCCUCUACAAGGGACUGGGGGCCACGCUGCUCAGGGACGUCCCCUUCUCCAUCGUCUACUUCCCCCUCUUUGCCAACCUGAACCAGCUGGGCCAGCCGGCCUCCGAGGAGAAGUCCCCCUUCUACGUGUCCUUCCUGGCCGGCUGCGUGGCCGGGAGCACGGCCGCCGUGGCUGUCAACCCUUGUGAUGUGGUGAAGACUCGCCUGCAGUCCCUCCAGCGCGGGGUCAACGAAGACACCUAUUCCGGCUUCCUGGACUGCGCCAGGAAGAUCCUGCGGAACGAGGGCCCCUCCGCCUUUCUGAAGGGGGCCUACUGCCGCGCCCUGGUCAUCGCCCCGCUUUUCGGCAUCGCCCAGGUGGUCUACUUCCUGGGCAUCGGGGAGACGCUGCUGGGGCUGCUGCAGAGCCCCCAGCCCUGAGCUGCCCGCCCCCCGCAGGACUAGAGGGGCCUGGGGCUGGGCGGCCGCCCAGGACCAAGCAGGGGAGCGUCUGCGCCCCUCCCCGUGUGGAGGGGGGAGGAGGAGGGGUGCAGGGUGCACACCCAUAGGCUGAGGGGUCCUGCCUGCAAUCACUGGGAUCAAGGUGUUAUUUAUGUAGAAGUCACAGGAGUCGUCACAUUCCCGGAGCCAGCCCUGCCCCCUCUGCCCGGGCCUGGGCACCCCCGGGACAGAGCUGGUCUCAGCUGGGGGCUCCCGGGUGAGGGCUGGGCGGGGGAUCCUCCCCUCCAGGCUACCGGCCCCGCCCCGAGGCGCAGCCCCUGGUCCCCAAAGGGGAGGCUGCACAAACCUAUUUAUUAACUUGCUGAGCACAAGUGGCUCUGUCCAGCCCUCUGUCCGUCCAUCGGUCCAGCCUCCCCACUGCUGCUCUCGCCUCGGCCAGCCUUGCAGGAGAAUCGGGGUCUCCUGCCCCCCAUAUUGAGCCAGGAAUCCCAGGCAGGCGGGGCGGGGGGAUCACACUGAAUCCUGACUCCCAGGGAAACCCCACCCCUCACUGUGGGCCCCUCUGCCCCAUCCCAGACGGAGCCCAGAGUGUGUGAGGUCUGUGUGCAUAUGGGAGAGUCGCUGCCCUUCCCACAUGGCCAGGCAGUGCACACGUGUGCGUGCGUGUACGUGUGUGUGUGCUGUGUAAACCUAUGCCUCUGCUGACCCUGUCCAGAGUUGUUUGUCCAGUCCAGCUCCUCUGGCUGCACCUGCAGCUGACCCCUCUCCCGAGACCUGCACCCCGGGUCUGACCUUGGCCAGUGGGAAGGGCACGCAGACCAGUGUGGAGCCGGGGCACCUGCUCUGUGUGCAGGGGCGGGGAGCCGCCCUCCUGGCCGCCCUGCUCUCGGGCCUCUGAUAAGGCCCACCUGCCCCCUCCAGCCCCCUCCGCCCGCCGCCCAGACCCACCCCCGUUGUGAAUGGAGGCAGGCACCCCCUGGCCGGGCGAUCCUGCUGGUGCUGUGUCCCCGCCACCCAGGCCCUCUGAGGAGGCCCCUUCCCAGCGACACUACCUGGGGCCGAGGCCUGGCCCCCGUUCACGGUUGUACCCCCCACAUCUGUUGUCCUUGGAAGCUGCUGCUGCUGCUGAUAGAUUUAUAUUUUUUUUCUUUUGAGGAGUUUCAAGAAGUGACUUUUUGUGUCUUGUCAUGUAAGGAGAUAAAUAAAUAUUCUAAGUAGA